ACCUCCAUUCCCUUUCCAUUCAAACUCAUUUAUCCAUUUCUUGCCCUUAAACUCAAAAAAUGGCUAUUAGAAAACCUAACAAACUCCCACAAGCAGCAGUUUUGAAGCAAAUCCUCAAACGAUGUUCAAGUUUAGGCAAGAAAAAUGGAUAUGACGAAAAUGAACUUCCACUUGAUGUCCCUAAAGGUCAUUUUGCUGUCUAUGUUGGAGAAUAUAGAAGCAGAUAUAUUGUUCCUAUUUCAUUUUUGACUCAUCCUGAGUUUCAGUGUCUUCUUCAACGUGCAGAAGAUGAAUUUGGAUUUGAUCAUGAUAUGGGACUCACUAUCCCUUGUGAAGAAGCCGUGUUUCGAUCCCUAACGUCGAUGAUCAGAUAAUUCAGGCAAUAUUUUUCAUAGUCGAUCUCAAGCCCCAGAUAUAUAACCCGGGUUGUGAUAGGUUGACGAUCAAUCAGCGCCAAAACUUUGUCAAAUCGUAUGACAUGAUUCGGAAUGCACAUUUGUUGUUGUUUGGAGAAAGAUGAUCCAGAUGAAGCUGAAGAAUUGUUGGCUGCUUCUCUUUUUUUAACUUCUUUCUUCAUGGAAGUUUGAUCUAUAUUUUUUUUUAUUUUUUGGAAAAUUCUCAUUAUUUUCUAACCAUUUGGGUGUUUGUAUUUUUAUAGUGACUUAAAGUCCCCAAACCCAAGAAAACCCAUGAAUAUUUUCUGGGCUAAAUUUGUAAAAAAAAAAAAAUUGAAGUCUUUUUCUCACAGUUGUUUUCCUACAUCCUGAGAGAAAUUUGUUGUUUAAGGAAAGACUCUUAAUUAUGUCCAAUUAUUGUAUUAUUGAAUGUUGAAUGAUACUCUCCUAUUCUUCCA